AUGGCCCUGGUAUCAUGGCCUAUGCUCGCGCUGGUCGGACAAUACAUCAAAAUUAAACGUGCAGCUGCGAUGGGUAUCGUCCUUGCAGGCUCGUCCCUAGGUGGUGUUAUUUGGCCGAUCGCAAUUGACAGACUACUCAACAAUCCCAGCAUUGGGUUUCCGUGGACCAUGCGAAUCGUGGGCUUUAUUAUGAUACCUUGCUUCAUCUUCUCUUGUUCCGUUGCCAAAUCCCCAGUCGCACCCUCAAUCAGUGCAGAUAAUGAGAGAUGCGAGGAGUUGGAUGAUGAGAAGACCCCCGAACAAAGCGUCAAGCCGAAGAAUCACAGGGAAGAAGUCUUGGGUCUUUUCAAACAGCGUUCGCUGCAGCUACUGUGUCUUGCCAUGUUCAUCGUAUAUUUUGGGAUGUUCUCACCAUUCUUCUACACAACAUCUUUUGCUGUGGAAAAAGGUUUCUCUACAACCCUAGCCUUCUAUACCGUCUCCAUUGUGAACGGCACUUCAUUCUUUGGUCGGAUUCUCCCAGGUAUCAUGGCUGAUAAAUACGGGAAGUUCAACUGCUGCAUUCUGGCAACUAUAAGUGCAGGAGUUGUCGCAUUGUGCUGGACCAAGGUAACGUCUGUCACUAGCCUUGUGAUCUGGUCUGCUGCGUAUGGCUUUGCGUCUGGGGGUAUCCUAUCUCUUCAGCAAGCCUGUGCUGCACAAGUUGCUAGCCGUAAUACUCUUGGUCUUGCAAUUGGAAGCGUUUCAGGAUCUACAGCUCUAUCAGCCAUGGCCAAUAUACCCAUCAGCGGUGCUCUUGCUGAGAAGUACGGAUAUCUCUCGUUGUCACUAUUUUCUGGUGUAUCAUUGCUCCUGGGGGCCAUUCUUUUGAUCGCUGCUCGUAUGGUACAGAGCAAACAGCUUCGAGCGAUCGUCUGA